AUGUUCAAUCUACGACUUCUUAAAUUGCAUUUGGGUAAUGAAUUUUUCCCUUAUGGACUGUGCAAAUACCAUAGUGGAGAAUGCAGACUCAGUCUUCCUGAUGGGCUUGAGCCUUUUGUUUCGGAUGAGCUAAAAUAUUUUCAGUGGGAUACAUACCCUUUGAAAUAUUUGCCAUAUUUUAAUCCCGAGAAUCUUGUUCAACUUAUUAUGCGUGAGAGCCAACUUGAACUUCUUUGGAAUGAAGACCAGCCACUUGAGCUGGUGAAGUUAGAGAAGAUCGAUCUUAGUUUUUCUGAGCACCUUAUGCAAAUACCAAAUUUGUCUCGGGCGAUAAAUCUUCAAGUUUUAAGUCUUAAAGGUUGCAGCAGUUUGGUUCAACUUCCUUCAUUUUUUCAGAAUCUUGGCAAGCUUCAGAUUCUAAAUUUGCAGUAUUGCUACAAUCUGAAAGAUGGCUUAGAAAAUCUUCCAAUCAAUGAUUUGAACCUUAGGGAAUGUUCAUCACUUGAAGAAUUGCCUCCCCUUCCACAUGGUUUGGGGAAAUUGAAUAUAGGAAAAUGUGAGAGACUAAAAUCAUUACCAGAGCUUCCAUCAUCUUUAUAUGAUUUGUGUGCAGUGGAAUGUUCAUCACUUGAAGAAUUGCCUCCCUUUCCAGGUUUUCUUGAUUUGGAUAUAGGAAAAUGUGAGAGACUGAAAUCAUUACCAGAGCUUCCGUCACCUUUACUUCGUUUGUAUGUAGAGGAAUGUUCAUCAAUUGAAGAAUUGCCUCCCCUUCCACAUCGUUUGGGGGAAUUGGAUAUAGGAAAAUGUGAGAGAUUGAAAUCAAUAGCAGAGCUUCCAUCGUCUUUAAAAGUUUUGAAAGCAAACGACUGCACAUUGUUGGAGACAAUAUCAAGCGGGGGGUAUGCAACCCCACAAAAAAUAUAUCACGCACGUCCGUUUUUUUCGUUUGAGAACUGUAUAAAACUGGAUGACAACACACUCAACAAAGUAAUUGCUGAUCAUGUGCACCAUCGAAUUUCGUCUGCUGUAGAUGAUGCUCUGUAUAUGUAUCCAGGAGACGAAAUCCCAGAGUGGUUCAGCUAUCAAACUGGCAGUCAAGAUUCGAUCAAUAUCCAUCUUCCUCCAAAUUGGUUUAAACUGGAAUUGAGAUUUGCCAUUUGCUUUGUUUAUGGUUAUUAUAAUCAACUUAUCGACGUUGAAUACGAAGUAAAUUUCAAAGGCAAAACUAGUAAUGGUGAUGACCUCCUUUACAAGCAUGGUUGUGCAUUUAUAGAGCUUGAUGGAAGCAUUAUUGAUUCAGAUCAUGUGUCAAUUGUUACCCAACCUCACAGACAUGGAGGAUUCUUUUGGCCUAUUUCUGAUGAUGAAUUGUUAGAAGUAUUUGGGCCAAACUGGUCCUCUAUCUGUCGCAACAUCACCGAGGCUUCUUUCCGUGUAUUCCACGAGGAUCAGAACGGUGUGAUUAUGAACAUAAAAAAGUUUGGGAUUCACCCCCUUAACAAUGGGCUUGAGGAGCCAAAUGUAGACGGGGACAGUAGAUACCAACACAACCAUGACUCGCAUCCUCACAAUAUUUCCAAGAGAAUCAAGCUUAAGAGAUAG